ACACAAUAAAUAGCCAGCCAAGCCCUCAACAUUCCAGUACACCACUGGGGACAUGAGACAAUCACACAAGCUGCCCCUAGUGGGGCUCCUAUUGUUUUCUCUCAUUUCAAGCCAACUAUGCAAGAUCUGUGAAGUAAAUGAAGAAAAUGUUUUCCGUCUAAAUCCUCUGUUGAGUACAAUGAUCAACUCAAAAUACAUCAGUGGAACCCAAACUGCCAAUGUCCUCCUGUCCCUGAAACUUGUAGGAGUUCAGAACCAAGCCUUAAUACAACGGCUGGUCCAACAACUCAAAGACAAUGUGGAAAGAAAAGUGUCAAAUUUAAGCUCGGGACAGCUCGCAUUGAUUAUAAUGGCCUUGGGAGCAUGUCAUACCCCUGAUGAAACCAUUAUAUAUGAUUAUCACCUGAUCAGACAUCUGGAAAAUAAAUUUGCAGUGGAAAUUGUACAUAUGGAAACACACAACGGCAAUCCACUGACGAACUACUACCAGCUCAGCCUAGAUGUUUUGGCCUUGUGUCUGUUCAAUGGGAGCUACUCAACUGCCAAAGUUGCUGAAUACUUCACUCCUAAAAAUAAAAACUAUUAUUUUGGGGGUGAUUUCUCAGUGGAUACCGGCGCGAUGGCUAUUCUGGCUCUGACCUGUGUGAAGAGGAAUCUGGUGGAUGGGAAGAUUAAGACAGAUACAGAGGAUCUAAGGAGUAUCAGUAAUCACAUAGAGUUACUGGUAAAAAAGAUUCUGUCUGAGAAGAAAAAAAAUGGUCUCAUUGGAAAUACAUUUAGUACAGGAGAAGCUAUGCAGGCCCUCUUUGUCUCAUCAGACUACUACCAAGAAAGUGACUGGGAUUGCCAACAAACUCUGGAAACAGUGCUCAAGAAAAUUUCUCAGGGAGCAUUCAGUAUUCCAACCGCUGCAGCCCAGAUCCUUCCUGCCUUGAUGGGAAAGACCUACCUGAAUGUUAAAAAUGCUUACUGUGCCAAUGUGUUAGGUAACUUCAGCGUCUCCACUCAGGCACCUGUCACUGUGACACCUCCUAACUCACACUCAAAUAUCUUAGUUCAUUACUCUGUGAGAAUCAAUAAAACAUAUUCCAUCAAUGUCACCGUGCCAAAUGGUUCUGUCUUCCUAGAUGUAAUGGAGGAAGCUCAGAAAAUGAAUAAAACUUUAUACAGUUUCACAAUGGAAGAGAGCAGCUGGGGCCCCUACAUCACCUCUGUUCAAGGCCUAAGGGCCAACAGUAAUGACAGAACCUACUGGGAACUUCUGAGUGGAGGCAAACCACUGAGCCAAGGAGUUGGUAGUUAUGUUGUCCAUGAUGGAGAAAACUUGGAGGUGCGCUGGAGCAAAUAUUAAAAAGUUCAAACUUUCCUCAAUUGGGUAGAAUCCUUUUGCAGUAGAAGUCUAUGCAAAAAUUGGCCUCAUGCCUUUCUUUUUAUUGAUCCCAAACCCAAUAACAAAGUCAAUAAUCUCCCCCUCUCUCUGUAUGUUCAAUAAAAGAUCAACAACCAUACAAAAAGA